UCGAAAAUCAAACUGACGAAAAAGCGAAUUACCAACAAUGUAACUUUAAAGUUACAUACAGUCGUAUAUAAGGAAUGCCAACGCAUUUAUGUAAUUCGAGUUGUACCUCACAAGAGGGACGAUCCAGGACGAUCUUACUUUCUAUAUAUGCUGGAUCAAUUUACUUGAAUAUUUGCGUGAAUGUUUAUUUACCACGUGGAGUGAACUACAGUCUUCCAUGAAUUUCCUUACACUCCAAUUAUGCAGACGAUUGAGAUACUGCGCGUACGAUAGCACGAUAGUGAACAAUAUCGUUAAACGAUGUAGUCACGUAGCGGGCAACAAGGAACAUGUAUCAGAACCGAUUAAAUCAAAAUUAUUUCCAGAUUACAAUGUAGUCUAUAAUUUGCCUUACAUUACGGUCACUUAUAUAUUAAGUAGGCUAAAACGUAAUUGCACUAUUGUUACUGGUGCAGUCAUACCGAUAAGUUUAACUGUGAACUUGUUGGAUUUUAUCCCAAUAGAUGAUUGUUUUAUUGUAAUAGCUACUUGUUGUGUAAUGACAAUUUUAUUACAUGCUACCGGUUAUCUGUACAACAACGUAAUUGGAUCCAUGUGUAUCAAAGACAAAGAAAAAAUUGUAAUAUCAUAUAUAAAUUAUUGGGGUACACGAAUAGAUUUGAAGACUGACAUUAAUAAUGUUGAACUUUUGUCAGAAAUUCCCAUGAAAAGGUUGAAGUUCGGAGAGUUCAGGUAUUUAAAAAUCAAAUCUCCCGAGAAAAAAUUAAAACUGUUCGUAGCCCAUGGGAAGAUUUAUGAUAAAUCUGAGUUUCAUAAUAUUGUUGGUAAUUAUGAAUGAUAUAUUUAUUAACGAUAAAUAAAUAAUUUUAUUUGUA